UUUUUCAACUCGGCUGUAUGAUUCAUUUGACUCGUCGUCAACUCAGUUUUGAGUGUGAAUGCCCCGAUGUUUUUUUUUCACUUGUUCCUCCUCUCAGAUGCUUAGAGAAUAGUGAUAAUGCAUAACGGUAAAACCCCAGAAAGGUUAGAAUCGAAAAACCCAGAUUCGGAACUCUUAGGGGAUGGUUAUGAAGCUACUGAUUUGCCCUCUUUGAUCGAAAGUAGUAAUGGGUUAGGCUUCAUUUUUUAUGUUCAGCUUCAAGAAAAUGGUAAUGCUAUUGGAGGAGAUAGCUUAGCCAUGGAUGUAAAGAGAAUGGUGUUAGUGUUAUUGACGCUGCAGAAGGUUGUUUAUUGGAUGAUGGAAUUGAUAAAAUGAAAGACGAACAAAUUGGGUUUGAAGUAGAUAGUGGAAGUGGGGACAUUGCCGUUGUCGGUCCUGUUAAGGAUGAGGGGGCGAAGGAAGAUGAUUGUACGGGGAUUAAUGGAGUUGAUUUGGUUAAUAGGGUACAAGUUUCCGGAGACAACAUAUCGCUUUAUGUGGACUUUCCGGGAACUGUAAAUGAAGUAAACAGUACUGGGUUAACUGCAAGUGAGGAUGAGUUGAAGGAAGCCGGAAAUGAGGGGGAGUUGGUAAUUGUUGGACUGGAACAUAAGUUUUAUGUAGCUGAUAUUGUUUGGGUUAGAACGAAAAGUCUGAGUUGGUGGCCGGGAAAGAUCUUGGAACCUUCAGAUGCGCUGGAGUAUGAUUUGAUUGGUGACCAAAAAAACUGCUUGCUGGUUGGGUACUUUGGUAUUAGCCAUGUAGCUUGGUGCCACCCAUCUCAGUUGAAGCCUUUCCUUGUGAACUUUAAUCAGAUGAUUACAAAGAACAAAGCUAGAAGCUUUCUUGGUGCAGUCGAGAAGGCUAUGGAUGAUCUCGGGAAGUUCUUGAAAGUGGAGCUGACAUGUUCUUGUGUUAUGAAUGAAAAUAAGUUUUUUAAUAGUAAUUCUACUACUAAGAAAGGAACUUCGGUGGAAGAGUGCAAAUCUGGUCAAUUGGCCGAGUUUUCUGCCCAUCGGUUUGAGCCUGUGAAGUUUCUUUGUCAGCUAAAAAAUCUUGCACAGAUUGUUACAAAGCCUGAUAUGCUCGAGUAUGUUGUCCUACAGAGCUAUUUGUCAGCAUUUUUCUCUUCCAUUGGACAUUUCCAGUUGCCCUUGCAUCAACUGUGGGAAACAAUAUAUGAUGCAGAGAACACUGGAAAAAAAAGCAUACCAUAUAAAUUCUUGUUGAAACAAUCUGAUGUAAUGAAAAAUGAGAUGAUACAGCUCAAUCAGAAUGGGGUUUCGGCCAAGAUUUCAGGUCAGAAAAGUGGGGCUUUUCCAGAGAGCUGCUGAGUCGUCAUUGCUGCUGAAGGUGUUUUCUC